UGGCAUUUUGUGUAUAAAAUAAUUUUUGGGAUUUUAUCCAUACGAAACCAAAUAAACGGCAUAGAAACAAUCACAACGUAUGUUUCAGAGCCCUCCAAUUUCUCUGAAGAGUGGUUCAAUCAUAUAAGUCAAAGAUGGAGAUUGAUAGAGCAAUUAAUGAAUGCGAUGAUAGAAGGUUGAAGACAAAGUAUAACAAUGCCAUCUAUGUUAUCCAAAGGGCUCUUGCACUGUACUCUGUUGAAGAGGUUGCCUUGAGCUUCAAUGGAGGGAAAGAUUCAACUGUUUUGCUGCACCUUCUUAGGGCUGGCUAUUAUUUGCAUAUGGCUGGGAGGAAGCUGUCCUUUGGGGAUCAUGGAGAUGCUGAAACCACAUUGCCAAUAAGGACAAUUUAUUUUGAGAGCCCAACUGUUUUCCCUGAAAUCAAUUCAUUCACUUAUGAAACAGCUUCUAUUUUCAGAUUGCAAAUGGACAUUGUCCGCUCAGAUUUCAAGUCUGGCCUGGAAGCUCUUUUGAAAGCUAAGCCCAUUAGAGCUUUUUUUCUUGGUGUUCGAAUUGGUGAUCCUACUGCAGUAGGGCAAGAGCAGUUCUCCCCUAGCUCACCUGGUUGGCCACCAUUCAUGAGAGUGAAUCCCAUCCUGGAUUGGUCUUACAGAGAUGUUUGGGAAUUUCUCUUGACUUGCAAGGUCUCGUACUGCAGUCUCUAUGAUCAAGGUUACACUUCAAUUGGUAGCAUUCAUAACACAGUUCCUAAUGCACUGUUGUCCCUGAGCAAAUCCACCAGCAGUGAAGAUAAAUUUAAACCUGCUUAUAUGCUUUCUGAUGGAAGAUUGGAAAGAGCCGGGAGAGCUAAAAAUUUCAUUUCUCAGCCAUCAUCUGCUGCUGUUAACGGCUUGAAAAAUGAGGGUUAUUUCUUGAAAAGCAUGUUUACAGCCUCGGUCAUUGCUGUGGGUGAAGAAAUCCUGUUUGGCACAGUUGAGGAUCCAAUGAGAUCCAUAUUGUCCAGGAAGCUUCAUUCCAUAGGCUGGGCUGUUUCACAUGUUGCUGUUAUCAGAAAUGAUAUUGAUUCUGUUGCGGAUGAAGUUGAGAGACAAAAGUCUAUGACUGAUAUGGUUUUCAUAUAUGGAGGUUUUGGUCCAUUACCAUCUGAUGUUACUGCAGCUGGUGUCGCCAAGGCUUUUGGUGUCCGCAUGGCCCUUGAAAAAGAAUUUGAAGAAUGCCUACAGCAUCUUAUAGGGGAAAAGUGCACAGUUGACAGGAAUGAGAUGGCUAAGUUGCCUGAAGGAAUCACUGAGCUGUUGCAUCAUGAAAAUCUGAGUGUGCCUUUGAUCAAGUGCCAAAAUGUGAUAAUUCUUACUGCAACAAAUGUUAAAGAGCUGGAGCAGGAGUGGGAUUGCUUGAUUGAAUUAAUGGGAUCCCAUGGCUAUUUGCUAAUGACGGGACCAUUUGUGUCAAAGAGACUCGCAACGACGCUUUCUGAUGUGGAAAUUGCUGAACCUCUGUCGGAAAUUUGUAUGGAGUUUCCUGAUCUAGUCAUUGGUGGCUAUAGGGAAUCAAGAAGCGGCCCUGUAGUCGUUACCUUCAAAGGAAAGGAUGAAGCUAGAAGCAGUGCUGCUAUAGCAGCAUUACGUAAGAAGUUCCAUCAUGGCGCCUUUUCUGAAAUCAACUGAACUGGAUUGCUAUUCAGUGCUUGAAAAGCUGCUUCGAUUUGUCAAGAUUGUGGUAAAGGACUAUAAGGAGAGAUGUCGAGCAGAUUAGAUGAGGACAAGGAGUGGAGUCCUGAUUGAAAGGGAAAGGAAUUGAAAUAUGAAUAUGACGAAUGACUCACAGUACUAUCACAAGGAAACAAAUUUUAAGACCAGGGAGUAGAAUGAUCCAAGAAAUGACCCAGUAUCUGUUUUGUUUGUAAAUGAAGCACCCCGCCCGACUUAUCUUUGCUGAUGCAGUAUUGUUUUUGGCCCAAAACACCGGAUUUGAUCUCAGAUUUGCUCCGUUUGUGAUUGAUUGCAUCCAAUAAAAGCCUCUAGUUAACAUGCA